GCAUUUGAGUGGGCACCUAUAAGCCCAGCACAGGAAACAACUUCGCAAAGCAUUCUGGGAUCUCUCUUUCCUCCCCGGACUUCCAUCCUGCCGACAUGGGUAAGUGCCGUGGAUUGCGUACCGCCAGAAAGCUGCGGGAUCACCGUCGUGAGCAGAAGUGGCACGACAAGCAGUAUAAGAAGGCCCACCUGGGCACUGCUCUGAAGGCUAACCCCUUUGGAGGAGCUUCACACGCCAAAGGAAUCGUCCUGGAGAAAGUAGGUGUUGAAGCCAAGCAGCCCAACUCUGCUAUUAGGAAGUGUGUCAGGGUCCAGCUGAUCAAGAACGGCAAGAAGAUCACUGCUUUCGUCCCCAACGACGGCUGUCUGAACUUCAUUGAGGAAAACGACGAGGUUCUGGUGGCAGGAUUCGGUCGUAAGGGACACGCCGUCGGUGAUAUCCCUGGAGUCCGUUUCAAGGUGGUGAAGGUGGCCAACGUUUCUCUCCUGGCCCUCUACAAAGGCAAGAAGGAGAGACCUAGGUCAUAAAUGCAUAAUGCCCAGAACACAAUAAAUCAAUGUUUUUCGAUUACA